AUGGUGCUUUCCAGAGCUGCAGGCACAGCUUCCAAAUUGCACGAAUCGAUAUCAGCUUUUGUUCCGUUCUUCCUCUCGCACAGAGCCGAAUCACGUGUCUCAGCUGCCGAGACCGCCCACAACGUCUUCGAUCACGUCGAGUACACCGGCUCAGCAACGUCCACGGGUGGUAAUCGGAGAGAGCCCGCUCUACCGACAGUCGAAGCCCGAGCCACAGCCAACAUGCCGCCCCCAACCAUCUCACGAUCACAGACCUACAACUCAUCAACAUCCUCCUCCACCUCCCAAAGCAGCCGUAAGCAACGACCACGGUACUACAAGACCCGCCCCGUCCACCACAGCCGCAAGACCUCUUCGUCAACCGCCCACACCCGCUCGCAGACACACUCGCAUAGCUCCCGUUCCCGUCCUCGCCGCAAGGUCACCGCAUUCACACGCCUUCGCCUCGCCACCGAGUCCAAAUUCCGCCUCACUAUCUCCUUCGGCCUCGCCUUCCUCACCGCCUUAAUCCUCUACCUCGGCCUCUUCCUCAGCCAUACCUCCAACGGCGCAACCUUCCACGUCUUGUCCAUCCUCCUCCUCAUCUCCUUCCUGGCCAUCUUCUUGCAUUCUCUACUGCGCUUCCUGAACCUGAACUCAGAGCUAAAAGCGAUGCGGGCACAUCGCGCGGGCCUCAAGAAGACACCGAGUGCGAGGGGUUGGAAUAUAAGUCGGCCGUUGCCUCAGUGGGGCGGCAACGAUGUCGUUGACGAUGAGAAGGGUCAACACCACGACGACGACAUUGGCGAGGGAAAUGGUGGGUAUGAGCACGAUGGCUUCCCGAUCUUCAACGGGACCACGGCUGCACACCACUAUGACCAGGACUCCUACGACCACGACAUCGAGGCAGACGCCGCCAACGCAAAUCAUCCGGACGUGAUCGGUCUGCAGGGCCGACACGUGGUGUACCCGCCGCCAGUGUACGGGAACACCCGAACAUCAGUCCGCCUCUCCCUCUCCCGCUCCCAACCCAAUUCCCCCAAUCUCAGCAUCCCAAACGGCCAAGCAGGCCACCCUUCCAUCACGGCCCCAACAAACGCCACUCUUGCGCCGGGCAUGCCAGGCUGGCAUCCACCAUCCUUUCGGUCGGAGGGCGGCAUCACCGCCGUGCUGGAACGGAGGAGGGCGGAGGUGCAGGAGCGGCUCGGCGGUGGGAAGUCAGCAGCCAAGGGAAGGGCGCCAGGAGAAGAAGGGGUUCUGCUUGGUAACGCGAGAUACGAGCCUGGCGUGGAGAGAGCUGGUGGUGGCAUGAUCUGA